AUGUAUGUCAUUAAAAGAGAUGGCCGCAAAGAGCCCGUGCAAUUCGACAAAAUCACUUCUCGUAUCACCCGUUUGUCUUACGGAUUAGAUCCAAACCGUAUCGAUGCCGUUAAGGUGACUCAGCGUAUCAUUUCUGGUGUGUACUCUGGUGUCACUACCGUCGAACUAGACAACUUAGCUGCUGAAACAUGCGCGUACAUGACCACUGUGCAUCCUGAUUAUGCGACGUUGGCUGCUAGGAUCGCCAUUUCUAACUUGCAUAAACAGACGACAAAACAAUUUUCUAAAGUUAUUGAGGACUUGCAUGACUGGAUCAACCCUGCUACCGGAAAGCAUGCUCCUAUGAUAUCUGAUGAAAUUUACAAUAUUGUCAUGGAGAACAAAGAUACCUUAAACUCGGCGAUCGUGUACGACAGAGAUUUCAAGUAUACAUAUUUUGGUUUCAAAACAUUGGAACGUUCGUACCUGCUAAGGCUAAAUGGUGAGGUGGCAGAGCGUCCACAACAUUUGGUGAUGCGUGUGGCCCUAGGUAUCCACGGUAGUGAUAUCGAUUCUGUGCUGAAGACUUACAACUUGAUGUCGUUAAGAUAUUUCACUCACGCUUCGCCAACUUUAUUCAACGCUGGUACGCCACACCCACAAAUGUCUUCAUGUUUCCUGAUUGCGAUGAAGGAUGACUCUAUUGAAGGGAUCUAUGACACGUUAAAAGAAUGUGCUAUGAUUUCCAAAACUGCAGGUGGUGUUGGUCUUCACAUCAACAACAUUCGUUCCACAGGCUCUUAUAUUGCUGGUACUAACGGUACUUCAAAUGGGUUGAUUCCUAUGAUUCGUGUUUUCAACAAUACUGCUCGUUAUGUGGACCAAGGUGGUAACAAGAGACCUGGUGCCUUUGCGCUUUUCUUGGAACCAUGGCAUGCAGACAUCUUUGACUUUGUCGAUAUUAGGAAAACCCAUGGUAAAGAAGAAAUUCGUGCAAGAGAUUUGUUCCCAGCGCUAUGGAUUCCUGAUCUUUUUAUGAAACGUGUCCAAGAAGAUGGAGCCUGGACUUUGUUUUCACCCAGUGCUGCUCCAGGUUUAGAUGAUGUUUGGGGUGACGAGUUUGAAGAGUUGUAUACGCGUUAUGAAAGAGAAGGUCGCGGUAAAACUAUUAAAGCCCAAAAGUUGUGGUAUGCCAUCCUACAAGCGCAAACAGAAACAGGUACACCUUUCAUGGUUUAUAAGGACGCAUGCAACAGAAAAACAAAUCAACAGAACUUGGGUACCAUCAAAUCAUCCAAUUUAUGUUGUGAAAUCGUCGAAUAUUCCUCUCCAGAUGAAACCGCUGUCUGUAAUUUAGCUUCUAUUGCUUUGCCUGCGUUCGUUGAGAACUCUGAAGAUGGUAAAACCGCUACGUAUAAUUUCGAGAGCUUACAUGAGAUUGCUAAAGUCAUUACUCAUAACCUGAACAGAGUGAUCGACCGUAAUUAUUAUCCAGUUCCUGAGGCUAGAAACUCUAAUAUGAAGCAUAGACCUAUUGCUCUGGGUGUUCAAGGGUUAGCAGAUACUUAUAUGAUGUUGCGUCUACCAUUUGAAUCUGAAGAAGCUCAAACCCUGAACAAACAAAUUUUCGAAACCAUUUACCAUGCUACCCUUGAAGCUUCCUGUGAGUUGGCCCAAAAAGAAGGUAAAUAUUCUACUUUUGAAGGUUCUCCAGCAUCUAAAGGUAUUUUACAGUUUGACAUGUGGAAUGCUAAGCCUUUUGGUAUGUGGGAUUGGGAAACACUAAGAAAAGACAUCGUGGAACAUGGGUUGAGAAACUCCUUGACAAUGGCUCCAAUGCCAACCGCUUCAACAUCCCAAAUUCUUGGAUAUAAUGAAUGUUUUGAACCAGUGACUUCAAACAUGUACUCUCGUCGUGUCUUGUCUGGUGAAUUCCAAGUCGUAAAUCCUUAUUUAUUGCGUGAUCUAGUCGACCUGGGUAUUUGGGAUGAUAGUAUGAAGCAAUAUCUAAUCACACAAAAUGGUUCCAUUCAGGGCUUACCAAAUGUGCCACAGGAAUUGAAGGAAUUAUACAAAACUGUCUGGGAAAUUUCUCAAAAAACCAUUAUCAACAUGGCUGCUGAUCGUUCCAUCUACAUUGACCAAUCCCACUCCUUGAACCUUUUCUUACAAUCACCAUCAAUGGGUAAGAUUACGAGCAUGCAUUUCUAUGGCUGGAAGAAAGGUUUGAAAACUGGUAUGUACUACUUAAGAACACAGGCUGCCUCUGCUGCUAUCCAGUUUACUAUCGAUCAAGAGGUUGCCGAUCAAGCUGCUACACAUAUUGCUUCGGUUUCAGAAUUGGAUCGCCCCGUUUAUGUUCCAAAAGGUACGAAAUUCUCUGAACAACAAGCCGCAUCAGUGCCUACUGAAAACUUAGAUAAUGAAAAGGAAGUAUCACCAGUUCCAUCUGAGCAAUCUUCGGUUUCAAGUGCGAUGUCAAAUAUGAAAUUAGAAGACGGGGUCGCCCCUGCAGUUCCAACGGAAACAAUCAAGGAUGAUACUGACGAGAAAAAAUGUGACAUUUAUAAUGAAAAAGUAAUUGCUUGCCAGGCCCCCACUCCAGAAGCAUGUGAAUCAUGUUCCGGUUGA